AUGGACACCUUCAAGUCUCCAACCCAUCCUUCCUGCAGGGAGAGACCAGGACCAGUACCCAUCACUAUUCCAGCUUCUCCCUUCAUGCAGAAGCUUGGAUAUGGCACUGGAGUCAACGUGUACCUGAUGAAGAGAUCUCCCAGAGGUUUGUCCCGUUCUCCAUGGGCUGUGAAGAAGAUCAAUUCCCAAUGCAACAGGAGCCAACAAAGCCUCUACCAGCAGAGACUGAGGGAAGAGGCCAAGAUCCUGAGGGACCUGCAGCAUCCCAACAUCGUGGGUUAUCGAGCGUUCACCGAGGCCAACGAUGGCUCCAUGUGUUUGGCCAUGGAAUAUGGAGGGGACAAAUCCCUCAACGACUUAAUUGAGGAGAGAAGGGAGAAGGGACUGGGCCCUUUCCCUGCUGACACCAUCUUCAAGGUUGCCUUGAGCAUGGCCAGAGGGCUGAAGUACCUUCACAAUGACAAGAAGUUGCUCCAUGGGGACAUCAAAUCUCCCAACGUGGUGGUCAAAGGUGACUUUGAGGCCGUCAAGAUCUGUGACGUGGGAGUGUCGCUGCCCCUGGACGAGAACAUGACAGUGAGUGAUCCCGAGCUGUGCUACAUUGGGACUGAGCCCUGGAAGCCCAAGGAGGCCCUGGAGGAGGACGGAGUGAUCACAGACAAGGCUGAUAUCUUUGCCUUUGGGCUGACUCUGUGGGAAAUGAUGACUCUCUCCAUCCCUCACAUCGACCGGGGCAUGGGCACAGGGGAUGAAGACGAAUCCUUCGAUGAGGACAGCUUUGAUGAGGAAGCUUACUAUGAAGUCCUGGGAACACGUCCUGCUCUCAACAUGGAAGAGCUGGAUCCAUCCUACCAAUACAUGAUCGACCUCUUUUCUGUCUGCACCACUGAGGAUCCCAAAAAACGGCCCUCAGCCUCCUCCAUCCUGGAGGUUUUGGAAGCAAGUGUGGCUCAGGUGUGA